AUGAAUGUCGGAGGAAAAGCAUCAGUCGCAACUGCGGUUCGGACUUCCACGAAGGCCGGAAUCUUCAGUGAACUACCAGUUAAUAGCAACGACACUGAGUUGGGCAAUGACGAGAGGGAUCCGGGCAUGGUGGAUGAAUUGCCAGGUACCAGCAAUGACACUGACUCAGAUAAUGACGAGACUGAUCCGGGUAUGAUGGAUACCGUAAUGGCGCAGCUGUUCAACUGGAUCACCGAAGAUGAAGAAUUUCAGGUGUUGUAA